AUGAAGAUCAGCUCAUCAGACAGGAUGGAAGACUGUGUACAUUCGGUCUGCGAGUCCCUCGGCCUGCUGGAGGAUGAUGUGGUUGGCAGUGAGAUGAUAUGUUCGCUUUACAAUAGUAUCUUUCUCAUCUCCACCAGUCAGGAGGAUACUAAAAGAGCCAUUUCACAGGUGAAAGGUGAGACUGGAGGGUCUUCAUGUUCAGCCAGAAGUGUUCUGCAUGUUCUCUUAGUGAUGGAGAGGCAACGUGAAAAUAGAGAAGUGUUGUACUGGGAUCUACAAAUGUUGAAAGCUGGCAGAAUCGCCACCUCACUUAAACACAACAUACAAUCACCAACAAUCAACCAUAGACACAUACUUAAGGAGGAGGACGCAGAUGAGUUGAACAUCCUGUGUCUUCAGAACAAAGCCAAGAGACUUUACAUCAGGCUUGUUCUCGACGGAGUUUGGACUCUCCUACCAUCUCUAUCGCGGAGUAAUAUCAUCAUUAUGGGCAGCAUGAUGUGUCCCAACAAUUCGGACAUCCUGCAACUGCUGCACUGUAAAUAUGACAUCAUCAAAGAGCGACUAUACAGAGAGAUGCUACAGGAUGAGUACGGGAUGAUUUGGUGGGACUCUAUGCCCACGUGGCAACAGACCGAGUGUGUGUGUGAAUUGGGGGCAUCUGUUGAACAAGCUUACAGACGCAAGGAUUGGCUCAAAAUAUGUGGGCUGCCCGGGGCCCUCCGGUGCUACAGAAGCUGUGCUUCAGUGGCCCUGAGGGGUUGCACUGAGAGUCUUAAGCUCAGAGAUCAAGCGUGGUCAUCUAAACCGAAAGAACAGGCUUGGUCUGCCGUCAUCUUCCUGUCUGAGCUGGAGUCCAUGUAUGAAGAAGAGAAGGAGUCGCUCACAACUCUCAUUCACAGACUGGGGCAGGAAGCUUUACGUGUCAUAUAUCUGACCUUGUGCGUCGCUGUUCGGAAAGCCGAAAGAGAAAAUCAAUCCCACGCGGCGCUGCUGGUCGCCAGACAACACUGGCACAGAUGGCCCUUUAUGAGAGGCUCUGUCAGUCAGGAACUCCCUCGGAUUUGGCUACAGGAAAAUCCAGAUCCCAAUGUAAAAAAAGAGCAGGGCUGGAAAACAGCAAGCUGUACACGACAGGCUGUGCUGCAGUUGCUGGUUCUGUGUCAGGAGCAGGAAAGGAAACAAUUGGUGGAGAUUUUGCACAGGGUUUCCUUAAGCGAACUUGAAGGACCGAAAAGCUACAGUUAA